GUCCCGGAUGCAUCAAGUUGUUUCUGCUGCAGUAAUCCUGGACCUUCAUACGCUGAGCACAUGGUAUGCCAUCAGGUCCGGCAGACUUCAUCCAAUCAAUGGCAUUGGCAGGCUGCCGAAAGCGACUAUCCCUCGGUACCUUGUCUACUCAUCAUUGUUAUUGAGGCCCGUGGUGAAACGCAACUAUGCACACAACCAUGUCUGCUCAUGCAAUGUAAAUCUUAAGGCUGUUACUAUUUUGACAGAUCUGGUAACUGGAAGGACUAACGAGCAGCCUUAUAGCCAUCAACUAUUCACUCCUAACAGCUAGCAGUUCAGUUUGCCUCCUCCAGAGAAAAAUGUUUUCUUCCAAUAUCAUAUUUCGCAGACAAACUCUGCCUCCAGGCAUGCUGGAAGGUCCGGCGUUGGCGCCUCCUCCAGGCGUGGUACCAAACUUUGUUAAUCCGCCAGACCUCACUGAGGUGUUUGUUGGGACAACGAUUGUCUGUAUCGUGAUCGCUACAUUCCUGGUAUUUGCGCGCAUAUAUACCAAGCUGGCCAUCAUAAGAAGAGCGACCUGGGAUGACUGGAUUCUACUUCUCGGAUGGUCAACUUUCAUCCUUAUGAACGCUUUCAGUUGCGCAUUCGCUUUUCAUGGUGCAGGGCGACACCAAUGGAAUGUCCAACUAAAGAAUAUGAUACUCAUUGGAAAGUAUUUCCAAUAUGCGGCAGGCACAUACUCCGCUACGCUCGCGCUGGUCAAACUUUCAAUUUGUGUCCAGUUGCGCACCAUAUUUGCGCCUACCAAAAAGUCCGACUUCAUGUGGUGGUCCACAUGGAGUUUUGGUAUUUUUGUGCUUCUGUACUAUUUGGUAAAUGUGUUUGUUGUCAUCUUCCAGUGCAAUCCACGAGAGAAAGCCUGGGAACCCUUCCUUCGUGGCGAAUGCGCUGAUCAGAACGCAAUCUACUUGACGUGUGCCAUUUUCAACAUUGUGAGCGAUAUCGUCAUUAUCCUCAUUCCUCAAUAUGCCAUUUGGAAGCUCCGGAUGCCGUGGCAAAAACGUCUGCAGAUCGCACUGAUUUUCAUGACUGCAGCUUUUGUCUGUGGAUGCUCUGCAGUGAGGAUAUACUACACUGUACAACUGAACAUAUCGCCUGAUAUCUCCCGCGUUGGACUCAAAUUCGGACUUUGGGCUGUGGCCGAAGUGACCGCAACGAUGAUUUGCGCCUGCUUGCCUACCUUUCCGCGAUUCUUCCAGGCAACGAUCAUGAAGACAUCUUUCUUUACAAGUCUAAAGAGUCGCACUUAUGCUUAUGGUAAAGGGUCGAAAUUCUCAUCGUCCACUGUAUCAGGGAAUGGUGCAUUGUCAUACCGACGAAUGGACGAAGCUGAACGGAAGUUGAGAUCUCCUUCAGAGCAUGAAGACGUGGAGCUCGGACCGUGUCGUCCGGACGAUGGUAUCAUCAAGCAGACUGAGAUCUCAAUGACAGCUGAUCUAGCUCAGCCGGCUGAGCCUGUUAAGUAUUGGAAUUGAGAACAUUGUAACACCAUAUUGUUUGGGGCAUCAAAGAGGCAUUUUGACUAUGAUUAUGAUUUUAAGCUUGAAUGUAUACAACAUUAUAUCCAGAUGAAUUAUCUUCUCUCGU